UGCUUGUUAGAAAGAAUGGCCCUCCCCUAUCUCCAAACAAUAGUACUCUCCAUUGAUGAAUCUUUUUGGUUUCUCAUCUCCAUUUUAGCACUAUCCUUGUCCAUAUAUGUUUUCACUAAAAGGUUGAAAACCGGCCAAAGCUUACCCAUUCCUCCAGGCCCGAAAGGCCUACCCUUGUUGGGCAAUCUUCUCUCUUUAGAGCCGGAGAUUCAUACUCACUUUGCAACCCUAGCUAAAACCUAUGGUCCAAUCUUCACCCUCAAAUUAGGCCUUAAGCUUUGUGUUGUGAUCACUUCACCAUCUCUAGCCCGAGAGAUUUUAAAAGAUCAAGACACAAUUUUCGCCAAUCGCGACAUUCCUGCCGUGGCUUUGGCUAUGCCUUACGGAGGAAAGGACAUAGUAUUCACCCCAUAUGGACCAGAAUGGAGAAUGCUGAGAAGGGUUUGUGUACACGACAUGUUGGGAACUUCCACUUUAGAUUCGGUCUACCCUAUACGUUUCCAAGAGAUGAGGAAUACGGUUAAGCACUUGUAUGGGAAGGCUGGUUGUUCGGUAAAUAUUGGGGAGAUGAUGUUCUUGAUGGUAAUUAACGUUGUAACAAACAUGUUGUGGGGAAGCUCGGUUAGCGCUAGUGAAAGAGCGAGCAUCGGAAGUGAGUUUCGAAAAGUGGUGGAGGAAAUAACGCAGCAAAUAGGCAAGCCAAAUGUGUCGGAUUUUAUUCCUUGGUUGGCUUGGUUUGACUUGCAAGGCGUAUGCAAGAAGAUGAGGAAGUCGGGAAUGAAGUUCGAUCGGAUUUUUAAUGAUGUUAUCGAUAAGAGUAGGCGAUUAGGAAUGAAUGAAUUGGAUGGCGAUGAAGAUGGAGGAAUUAAAGACUUUUUACAAGUUUUGUUGAAGCUCAAGGAUGAAAAAAAUGCCAAAAUUUCAUUAACUAUGAAUCAUAUCAAAGCGUUACUAUUGGACAUGGUGGUGGGUGGUACCGACACAACCUCCAACACAAUCGAAUUUGCGAUGGCUGAGAUGAUGAACAAACCAGAGAUCAUAAAAAAGGUUCAAGAAGAACUCGACAAUGUAGUAGGCAAAAACAAGAUGGUUCAAGAAUGUCAUAUCCCAAACCUACCAUACCUAACCUCGGUAAUGAAAGAGGUUCUUCGGCUACAUCCCGCACUCCCAUUAAUGGUUCCUCAUUGCCCGAGUGAUUCUCGUGUCAUUGGGGAAACCUAUACCAUUCCAAAGUCUGCCCGUGUUUUCAUCAAUGUGUGGGCAAUACAUAGGGAUCCAUUGCUUUGGGAAAAUCCAUUAGAAUUUAAUCCUGAUAGAUUUGUUGAAGGAAGAGGAGAUUAUAGUGGAAAGGAUUUCUCGUAUAUUCCUUUUGGUUCGGGAAGACGAAGUUGUGCUGGGAUUGUUAUGGCGGAGAGGAUGACGAUGUUUUCGCUUGCUUCAUUGUUACAUUCUUUUGAUUGGAAGUUGCCCGAAGGGGAAAAGUUAAACAUCGAGGAAAAGUUUGGGAUUGUGCUAAAGAAAAGGACACCACUUAUAGCAGUUCCUACACCAAGAUUAUCAAAUUCAGCACUUUAUGAGUUGAGUAAUAUUUAAGAGUGACCGGUAGACCCCUUGUCUAAUUUCAUUGAAAGUGGGACAAACAAUAAUAAAAUUUCUUACUAUAUAUGUUAUGUUAGUACUUUAUUUAAAAAAAGGUGAAAAUGAAAUUCGGCAGUUCUAUUUGCCCUAUAAAAUAUAUGUUAUCAAUAAAUAUUCUAAAUGAGUAACAUGUCCUACAAUUUCAUAUGUA